GUCCACCCGGCUGGGCCAGCUCACGGCCUACGCGGCUUCCUGUCCCCACGCACCUCCUCCGCGACGUCAGUUCAGGAUUCCGGAGGGACCCACCCUCCGGGUCACCACGGCGCUUCAUUUCACGCAAUACCGGGGUGCAUAAUGGCAGAAAGUGUGUCUCCACUGAAGCACUUUGUGCUGGCAAAGAAGGCCAUCACUGCGAUCUUUGGCCAGUUGCUGGAGUUUGUUACUGAAGGGUCACAGUUUAUUGAAGCAACUUACAGGAAUCCGGAACUUGAUAGAAUAGCAACUGAGGAUGAUCUAGUGGAAAUACAAGGCUACAGAAACAAGCUUGCCGUCAUUGGUGAGGUGCUGUCGCGGAGACAUAUGAAAGUGGCAUUUUUUGGCAGGACGAGUAGUGGCAAGAGCUCUGUCAUCAAUGCAAUGCUGUGGGAUAAAGUUCUCCCUAGUGGGAUUGGCCACACAACCAACUGCUUCCUGAGUGUAGAGGGAACCGACGGAGAUAAAGCCUACCUUAUGACCGAAGGGUCAGAUGAAAAGAAAAGUGUGAAGACAGUUAAUCAGCUUGCACAUGCUCUCCAUAUGGACAAAGACUUGAAAGCUGGCUGCCUUGUGCAUGUAUUUUGGCCCAAAGCAAAAUGUGCCCUCCUGAGAGAUGACCUGGUUUUAGUAGACAGCCCAGGAACAGAUGUUACCACAGAGCUGGAUAGCUGGAUUGAUAAGUUCUGCCUCGAUGCUGAUGUCUUUGUUUUGGUUGCAAACUCAGAAUCCACACUGAUGAACACGGAGAAACAUUUUUUCCAUAAGGUGAAUGAGCUGCUCUCCAAACCAAACAUUUUCAUUCUGAACAAUCGUUGGGAUGCUUCUGCCUCAGAGCCGGAAUAUAUGGAGGAUGUGCGCAGACAGCACAUGGAUAGAUGCCUUCACUUCUUGGUAGAAGAGCUCAAAGUUGUGAGUCCUUUGGAAGCUCGGAAUCGGAUCUUUUUUGUUUCAGCCAAGGAAGUUCUCAACUCCCGAAAACAUAAAGCCCAGGGGAUGCCAGAAGGUGGUGGGGCACUGGCCGAAGGAUUUCAGGCAAGAUUACAAGAGUUUCAGAAUUUUGAACAAACUUUUGAGGAGUGUAUCUCGCAGUCAGCAGUGAAAACAAAGUUUGAACAGCACACUGUCAGAGCUAAACAGAUACUAGACACUGUGAAAAACAUAUUGGACUCAGUAAACGUGGCAGCAGCAGAGAAGAGGGUUUAUUCAAUAGAAGAGAGGGAAGACCAAAUUGAUAGACUGGACUUCAUCCGAAACCAGAUGAACCUCCUAACACUAGAGGUUAAGAAGAAAAUCAAGGAGGUCACGGAGGAGGUGGCCAACAAGGUUUCUUGUGCAAUGACAGAUGAAAUUUGUCGACUGUCUGUCUUGGUUGAUGAGUUUUGUUCUGACUUUCAUCCUUCCCCCAGUGUACUGAAAGUGUAUAAGAGUGAAUUAAAUAAGCACAUAGAAGAUGGUAUGGGAAGAAAUUUGGCUGAUCGGUGCACCAAUGAAGUCAAUGCCUCCAUGCUUCAGUCACAACAAGAAAUUAUCAAAAACUUGAAGCCAUUACUUCCAGCUGGUGUACAGAGUCAGCUUCAUACACUAAUACCUUGCAAAAAAUUUGAUCUCAGCUAUGAUCUCAAUUGCCACAAGUUGUGUUCAGAUUUUCAAGAGGACAUUGUGUUUCGAUUUUCCCUGGGCUGGUCUUCCCUUGUGCAUCGAUUCCUGGGCUCCACAAAUGCACAGAGGGUGCUGCUUGGGCUCUCCGAGCCUGUAUUUCAGCUCCCUAGAUCUUUGGCUUCAACUCCCACUGCUUCUCCUAAUCCAGCAACCCCAGACUGUGCAGCUCAGGAAGAGCUCAUGAUCACCUUGAUCACAGGAUUGGCAUCUCUCACAUCUAGAACCUCCAUGGGCAUCUUAGUUGUCGGGGGAGUGAUUUGGAGAAUAGUGGGCUGGAAACUCAUCUCUGUUUCCUUAAGUAUGUAUGGAGCUUUGUACCUUUAUGAAAGGUUGACUUGGACCACCCGCGCUAAAGAGCGAGCAUUUAAGCAGCAAUUUGUGAACUAUGCAACCGAAAAGCUGCAGAUGAUUGUGAGCUUCACAAGUGCAAACUGCAGCCACCAAGUCCAGCAAGAAAUGGCUACCUCUUUUGCUAGACUGUGCCAACAAGUUGAUGUUACUCAAAAACAUCUGGAAGAAGAAAUUGCUAAAUUAUCCAAAGAAAUAGAUCAGCUGGAGAAAAUACAAAACAACUCGAAGCUCUUAAGAAAUAAAGCCGUUCAACUUGAAAGUGAGCUGGAGAAUUUUUCGAAGCAAUUUCUGCACUCAAGCAAUGAAGAAUCUUAACAAAGGUUGCUGUGCUGAUCACAUUGGAGGAAGUGGACUUGGAAGAAGGAGAGAACUAAUUUUAUGAAAUAACCUCAGUAUGGAUUACUACUCUGAGUACUGAUGCUUUGCAGAGACUGUGGUAAUGAACUGUCUUGGGGGGGUCACACUUUUUGGAGUGUUGCAAUAACAUCAUUGGCGGUAGUUUAAAGACUGAACUGUUGGGUUAAAUGAUGGGUUCCUUUAGAAUCAGUGGAACCAGCUGUGCAGCCUCUGAGGCGUCCUGCGACUCUUAACCAGGGCUUUCUGUCUUUGAUUCUGAGUAACUGCUUCCUGGCAUCCAGGAGUUAGAGAUCUUUUCAUCUUCCUUCACUAGUUCUUGAUGCCUUCUUUAAUGGGAAUACGGAGUUUCUUUAAUGGGAAUACGGAGUUUCUUUAAUGGGAAUACGGAGUUUCUUUAUCAGAUGAUUUGUUCACACCAGCGAGUGUGGGCUGCUCCUGGGUUUUACCCUCACAGCAAGGAUGUAACCAUUACUACACAGUUUUAUCCUCAUUAAAACUCAUGUGAAAUCGUAGGAGGGCCUGUCAUUAUAGUCACGCAUGAAGUAUCUGGCUCUGGUCUUCUGCUCUGUCUCUAACAUUUCCAGCCUUGAGUCCAACAAGGAGGUCUUCUGCCUAAACGCGAGGUAGACGGUCAGAAGGGAUGGCUAGCAUGGGGCACAGGAGGUGUACGUGGUGUAUGGUGACAUGACUGUGACAAAUGGAUCCUUGGGAGGAAUCUCACUGACACACUGGGCUUGUCCCCACUAGAAGCUUUGACUUUAACUACAUGAAUUUCCUUGGACCCCAUUAAAAAUUAUCACUCUUGCCAGGCAAUGGUGGCAUCCCAGCACUCAGGAGGUAGAAACAAGUGGAUCUCAGUGAGUUCAAGGCCAGCCUGGUCUACAAAGUGAGUUCCAGGACUACUAUACAAAGAAACCAACUUGAAAAAACAAAACAAAAACAACCACAAAAAUCACUGUGUUAGUGAAAUGUUUAUGGUUCGGGUAUUUUGUGUGCCUCUGUGUUAGAGGCCGGUUGACAGUGUCUAUGGAAGUACUUUUAAAUGGCAAGGAAGGUUGCUUCUCUGACCUGACCAUGAAAAUAAAGUGCUAACCUAUGGGUAUUUUGUAGAUGCCAGCUGUGCCAUCCAGGGGACAGUGCACUCCAUUUGGUUGUCCUUUAAUUCACAGAGAUCCACCUCCUAAGUGAUGGGAUUAAAGGUGUGAGCCUACCAUAGGUACAUCUCUUAUUUUUAAAAUUUUAAAGAAUGUUACAAUAUUUUAUACCAUUAUUUAGACCAUCAAAAAGUUUCAAACUUACUUACGCUUUAGGAAAAUUGGGUUGAGGGCUGCAGUAUUCAAAUUUAAAUACACGUGACUACAUUUUGCUUUUUUUUGGGGGGGGGGUGUUUCGAGACAGGGUUUCUCUGUGGCUUUGGAGCCUGUCCUGGAACUAGCUCUGUAGACCAGGCUGGUCUCGAACUCACAGAGAUCCGCCUGCCUCUGCCUCCCGAGUGCUGGGAUUAAAGGCAUGUGCCACCAUCGCCCGGCCUUACAUUUUGCUUUUAUUGCUGAUAUUUCACCCCCCAAAUGGUAACCAAGUGUGAUUAGGUGAAAAUUACAUGAAAAAACUUACCUGAAAUCAGGGUCUGCUAACCUAAGUUACAAAGUUACACCGAGCACUUUAACUUCUGGCCACAUAGUUAGCAUGCUUCAGUGUAGUUCUCUGGGUUUGAUCACUGGGUUAUCAACAUUACUUUGAAACUUGUAAGUGCAGGUUCUCAAGCUCAACACAGAGUUGUAGAAUCAUAUCAAGUUUGGAAUCUGCAGCAAGCUUCAAGAAGCCCUGCAGGUGAUUUCAGUGUACUCUCAGUCUGGGAAUGAGUGUUCAUAGUUCAGAAUGCUUUCCGUCACUGGAUAGGAGUGCAGUUCCCAGCUGAUGAAGUUGUGGCUGUUGAGAAAAGAUUGUUUUCCUGCUGGAAGCCAGCUUUUCUACCAGACUAGAGCGCACCUGUGGCCGGGCUCAUGCAUUACACAGAAUGUAAUCAUGACUGUUUCUGCUCAGUUACUACACAACUUGAUGAUUUACUGUGUAUGUUUACAGUUUUAUAAACUUUAUAUGAUCCUUAACUUUUUACAAAACAUUUUUAUAAGUAUGCAAGCUUGCAAGAUGACAAUAAACCUAUUUGCCAUUAGUUGAUAAAUGCAGCAUC